AUGUUCGCUUUCAGAUCGAGAAAUCUGGCUUUGGGCCGGGUGUCGAAGAAUCAUCGCUUUAUCUCUUCCUCCCACAAUGAACUCAACAAAGUCUCCUCCAAAAUCACCCAGCCCAAAUCCCAAGGCGCCUCACAAGCCAUGCUCUACGCAACCGGACUCCAAGAAGACGACAUGAACAAGCCCCAGGUGGGGAUAUCGUCCGUCUGGUUCGAGGGUAACCCCUGCAACAUGCACUUGAUGGAUUUAUCAGCGCUGGUCCGCGACUCGGUCGCUCGAGCAGGCCUCGUGCCGAUGCGAUUCAACUCCGUCGGCGUGUCGGACGGUAUCAGUAUGGGGACCGCAGGCAUGCGGUAUAGUCUGCAGAGUCGGGAAAUCAUCGCGGACGGCAUUGAAACCGUGAUGAACGGACAGUGGUAUGAUGCGAAUAUCUCCCUUCCUGGAUGCGACAAGAACAUGCCGGGUGUGUUGAUGGCGAUGGGGAGGGUGAAUCGGCCUAGUAUCAUGGUUUAUGGAGGAAGUAUCAAGCCUGGGUGCAGUGCGGGGGGUCAGAAGUUGGAUCUGGUCAGUGCAUUUCAGUCGUACGGGCAGUAUAUCACUGGGCAGAUUGAUGAGAAGGAGCGGUUUGAUAUCAUCCGCAAUGCGUGCCCGGGAAGUGGUGCGUGUGGGGGGAUGUAUACGGCGAACACCUUGGCGACGGCGAUUGAGACGCUGGGGAUGACGGUGCCUGGGAGCAGCAGCAGUCCGGCUGAAGAUGCAGGCAAAAAGGCAGAGUGCGAUAAUAUCGGCGAGACAGUCAAGAACCUGCUGAAAGAGGAUAUCCGGCCGCGGGAUAUCAUGACAAGGCAAGCAUUCGAGAACGCGAUGAUCGUCGUCAACAUCCUCGGCGGCAGCACCAACGCUGUCCUGCAUCUCAUCGCCAUCGCCGACGCAGUGGGCAUCAAACUGACCAUCGACGACUUCCAAGCUGUAUCGGACAAAACCCCCUUCCUGGCCGACCUCAAACCCUCCGGCCAAUAUGUCAUGCACGAUCUGUACAAAAUCGGCGGCACACCCGCUAUCCUCAAAUUCCUGCUUCGCGAAGGCCUCAUCGAUGGCUCUGGCAUUACGGUGACUGGCAAGACGAUGAAAGACAACGUCGCCUCCUGGCCUGACUUCACCCCCGACCAACCCAUCAUCCGCCCAUUGAACAACCCCAUCAAACCAUCUGGCCAUCUACAGAUCCUGCGUGGAUCUCUGGCACCAGGUGGCUCUGUUGGGAAGAUCACUGGAAAGGAGGGUCUCCGCUUCACCGGCACAGCCAAAUGCUAUGACUACGAAGACGGCUUUAUCGAAGCCCUCGAACGCGGCGAGAUCAAAAAGGGCGAAAAAACAGUCGUGAUAAUCAGAUAUGAGGGGCCAAAGGGAGGGCCAGGCAUGCCGGAGAUGCUCAAGCCCAGCGCGGCCAUCAUGGGUGCUGGACUGGGUAAUGAUGUCGCAUUACUCACUGAUGGACGGUUCUCUGGAGGAAGUCAUGGGUUCCUGAUUGGACAUAUUGUGCCAGAGGCGAUGGAGGGAGGACCGAUUGCGUUGGCGAAGGAUGGAGAUCGAAUUGUGAUUGACGCUGAAGAGAGAGUGGUGGAUUUGGAGAUUUCAGCAGAGGAGAUGGAGAAGAGACGAGCAGAAUGGACAGCGCCGCCGUUGAGAUAUUCCAAGGGGACGCUGAAGAAGUAUGCCACGUUGGUCAGUGAUGCCAGCCAUGGCUGUGUGACUGAUGGACCAAUCUAA